GUUUUGGCGUGCGAGCUGUAAUCGUUUUUUGAGGCUACCUGAAUUUCCCCGCUUAGUUACAGUUGCCUCGUUAUCGUUUCGGUCGAAGUGCAUGACGUUUCUGUAGUUCGAAAAUGAAGUCGUGGUACGCGCAAGAUCCCGACGACGUUGUCGUGUGCUUGCCUCACCACAAGGACCGGGACAAGAUCUGGCUGUAUCGACUCGACGGCGAAAAAUGCGUCUACCACGAUGCCGAGAACACGCUUGCCAACAGGGCCAACACUUCUAGUCUCCAGGAGGCAGAGUGCUGGCUUGAGGAGGUGGUUGAUGAGGCCGAGCGGGCAAACAAUGCAAUGGGGUGGAAGGCCGAUGAGCUGCAAAGGUGGUGUUAUGGGAUAUCCUGCUCGACAGAUAAAAAGUUGAAUAAACCUGAGGAAGUGCAGAAUGAAGUAGACAGAUUAGUGGCGGAGUCUUCAAGGGCUGCCGGGAUCGCGCGUCGCGCUUUUCAGCUCAUUCAGGGUAUUGGGAAUUGUGAAAGAGGAAACCCGAGCACGUGGUCAGACGACACUGAGCAAUGGUUUUCGCUCGAUAUGGCGCCGAAAGCACGGGCAGUGGAAAAAAAAAUCGAGGAUAGUAAAGAUGACCUAUUAGAGCGUCUCUCCCAGUACAUCAAUUCGAUGGAUUUGAAGCGAAGCAAAGACAAGUGCUGGGACGACGCAGGUACUGGGGGAUCCACUCCCCGGCCUUUUUUUUUGCUAUGAGUGUAGAUUCACUUGUUCAUGUGCUUGACGUUGGUAUGUGCGCGAAUACUCCCAUUUUAUUGUGAAGCUUCCGUGUGCUUCUGUCUGUCUGUGAAGCGUGUUUAUGUAUGGAAAUCAGGUUCUUCGGCCGCACCCGAUCCACCAAAGGAUGAAGAGCGCUUGCCAAGACCUGGGAGUCGCGCUCUGCGGGAUGGUUUGAAAGAGUGGCAAAUUUCGCACUCGGUUUUCAUCAGAUUUCCAGAUGACUAUACACAUCACCGGGAAAAAUUUUCAAGGGACGUCGAAGAUGUGCACCAGCAAAUACAACAGUACUACGGAGACACGGAACUGAUUUGUGCCCGCAGAGGAGGAGACAAACCAUCGCAAUGCUGUUACGCAGUUUUAUGCAUGGAUGGUGUGGCGAAGGCAAAGCAGGUCGUUCGAGAUGAUUGGGCUUACAAGUUGCCGUCGGGUAACGGAACGGCUCGGGCUACGAAAUACUAUGCAGAUCCCCUUCCUCCGUGGAAACUGAAUGGUGGAAAGAAGAAUGGCAAACCUUGGAGUGCUUCGUUAAGUUCGACCUCGAAGCCAGUCGCGGAGCUUUUGCCGAACGAUACGAUGCCGGGUAAAAAUUCCCUUGUGGUCCAUCAUCUCAUGAACUGCUUCGAGUGGCCGCUGGAUAUUCUAUGCAAUGAGUUGAAAUUGUAAAUUUGUUGUUUCAAAAAAACAAAAUAGUUUCACCUUCUGUCGAGUUGUACAACCAAAAGAUUGCUGUUUGCGAACGGGGGGUUACCGCGAACACGAAACGAGGUCGGCGGCAUUCGAGGCGGAUCAUCUUCUUGUCCAACGGGUUUUACACGAUAUUGUCGGCGCUGCUUCUGUCGUGGCGUACACUAUCAAAUACAAGAACGCGUCCGUGCUAUUCAGUACUCGUGAACAAGCAGACAAGGUACUUGCUCAGCGGAAUCGUUCUGGGCGACCUGGAUUAUCGAUCGUUCUUCCGGCAAGCAGGGGCACAGUCAGGGUGGCGCCGCAGGUCGACGUCCCGCACGAUAUCCAUGGGCAAGAAAACAGAGCACGGGAUUCUAAGGAACCAGUUGUUGAUGAGAAAUGCGUCGCGUCUGCUGCAGAAGGAAAAAAUACAUGGUGGAACAUGUGCGAUGACACCACUGAUUUAA